AUGUCUGUAACAUUGCAUACUGACGUAGGUGAUAUUAAAAUAGAACUAUAUUGCGAGCAAUGUCCAAAAGCUUGUGAGAAUUUCUUAGCUCUGUGUGCUAGUGAUUAUUACAACGGCAGUCUGUUUCAUAGGAAUAUUAAGGGUUUCAUAGUACAAACGGGAGAUCCUACAGGUACAGGAAAAGGUGGAACUUCUAUCUGGGGGCGUAAAUUUGAAGAUGAAUUUAAAGAAGAGUUAAAGCACAAUGCAAGAGGAAUGGUGAGCAUGGCAAACAAUGGACCUAACUCCAAUGGCAGUCAAUUUUUCUUCACCUAUGGAGAACAACCUCAUCUAGACCUAAAAUACACUUUAUUUGGCAGGAUUAUAGAUGGAUUUGAAGCACUGGAUGAUCUAGAAAAAAUGACUGUCAACCCUAAGACCUACAGACCACUCACAGAUGCCAAAAUCACUUCAGUUACGAUACAUGCUAACCCAUUAGCUGGAUAA